CCACUUUAUUAUGGACGAAAAAAAUAAAUUAAUCAAAAAACGUAUUGAUGGUCUAUGAGAAAAACCUAUGGAUAUUUUACUAAGUCGCCUGAUCUUUGUAUUGCUGAGUAUGCCAAGGAAGCAACACCAGCCAAGUACUUUUAUGAUAAAACCAAGAUUGUGAUUGCCACCCUAGUCCAUCUGAAAGAACAUAUCAGCCGGGGAAAACUUACUUUGGACCAAGCAAAAUUAUUUGUAGUGCCUUUUGUUCUUUGUGAGGGAUUAGAGGCCGAAAUCCACUGUCUCAGACUGGUUUCAGAUGAUUGGUGUAUUGUUGAAAAGGUAAAGGAUUUUGACCUUCCUUGCUCUGUGGAAGAAAUAAAAAAUGGAAAAAUCGCUGAGUACGUAUAUCACCUGCGAACUCUGAAGGUAUUGCAUAUUUCGGUAUCAUACAUGGAAAGCUAAAGAUUCAAGCCAAAGAAGAAACCAUUCUUAAAUACAAAAUGUUUAUAAAAACAGGUUAUCAGUCAUGUGAGCAGAUACAGACUCCAAGGGAGCGAAGUAAUCCAACUGGCAGUUGUCUACCAACAGUUUGUUGCUAUCACCCACGGCUAUCAAAGACAAGUUUUUCAGAAACAAAUGGCCGUCCGCAUUCGUUGGAUUUCCAACCAAUCAUUCUCAUUCAAGUCACUCCAAAUUCGUCGUUUUUGAAAGCUCUUGAAGUUGCUGCCUUGUCUGAUACUACUCAUUCCUCGAGACUUUCGGCGAGUUGUGGUGGUUUGAUUCUUCAACGCAAGGCAUAGUUG